GGCUUGCUGUGGCAAGUCGGAAGCGUUCGCACCAGCUAGGCAGCGGCCGGGCAGCGGCGGCGGCGUCGGCGUCGGCGGGGGCCAGGACGGGAGCGGGAAGGGCCGGCCAGGGAAGGCUGCUCUCCCCUUGCGACCGACGAGCCGGCCUGACAGCGCGUUCCGGGUGUGGAGCCCCAACUCUGCCCUGCCCUGGAUUUCAUCCCGCAGCGGGGGGCUCGGCGAGCGGAAUUCCGGCGGCUACCGCGACUCCGGUGCAAGGCGAGGACAGCAUGAACAUCCAUAAAUGUGCCUCUGGGCAUAUUUAGCCAUUCGUUUUUGAUUAGGAAAAAGAAGACAGCCAUCCACUUGAAAGAACACACCUUGGGGAUGAGAGUUGGAUUACAUGGAAUGUUGCCCAGUGAAAGUCCGGCGAGUGCCAAAGAAAUGCUCUGUGGAGUGACUGCCUGAUCCCAAGAUUACGUUCCUGCUUGCCUCACGGGCAAAGCUGCAGUGACCGAAGGAGUUGUGGAUUUUCUGAAUUUCAAGAACAGUGAAGUAGGAGAUAGCAGAGAGUGUAUAAAAGAACACAUUGGAAGGAAGACUGAUAAAGAGAAAUAACGGGAUUCAGGUACACCAUUGAGUUCUUUGGGAUGCACAAAAGUGUCUGGCUGAGAAGCUUAUGAAAUAGAAGACAAGACCCUGCCUCAGGAAGCGUACAUGAGAAUAAUUUUAAAGGAACCCAGCGAUAAAUGCAAAACAGUAGCCGUUGGAGGUGAUGGAAAUGUACAGAAACAGUGGGAGAAGCCGGUAACUUAUAGGAAGCCAAGAUGACAAGAAUUUUAAAAAAUAAUCAAAUUGCCCUCCUAGCUGUCUACACCUGAGUAUAACAGCAGAGGCAGCCAUAGAAGAAAAAAGUUUGGUGUCCUAUGUCACAGCCUAAAAAUCCCUGCAAGAGAGCCCAGCAAGCAGAAGAAGGAAGAAUCUUGUUCAAAAAUGAGGUGAAUUAAUGCUCAAGCACUCAAGAACCCCGGACAGCUACAUGAAGUGUUUAAAAACUGCCCUGACCAUCUCGCCACACAAGUCUGUCAUGAGGCCUGACAGGAUGAGUGCACCACGGAGGCACAGUGUCCUGCCCUGCAGGAACGGUGACUGCUGACCUGCCGGGAGCAAGCGGGGGGCCGCGUGUUGUCUGCCAGUACAAUGAAGGAAGUGGUUUAUUGGUCACCCAAGAAGGUGGCAGACUGGCUGCAGGAGAAUGCUAUGCCAGAAUACUGUGAGCCUCUGGAACAUUUCACAGGCCGCGACUUGAUCAACCUAACCCAGGAGGAUUUCACAAAACCCCCCCUGUGCCGAAUCUCCUCCGACAAUGGGCAGCGGCUCUUGCACAUGAUAGAGACCCUGAAGAUGGAGCACCACUUGGAAGCACACAAGAAUGGCCACGCCAAUGGGCACCUCUGCAUUGGCACAGACGUCCUCGCCCCUGAUGGCAGCUUCAGCAUCAAGGUCAAACCCAAGGGGAUGCCAAAUGGGUAUAGGAAGGAGAUGAUAAAGAUCCCCAUGCCAGAGCCAGAGCGCUCCCAGUACCCCAUGGAGUGGGGCAAGACUUUCCUGGCCUUUCUUUAUGCACUUUCCUGCUUUGUUCUCACCACAGUGAUGAUCUCGGUCGUCCAUGAACGAGUACCUCCUAAGGAGGUGCAGCCUCCACUACCGGACACGUUUUUUGACCAUUUUAACCGGGUGCAGUGGGCCUUUUCUAUUUGUGAAAUUAAUGGCAUGAUCCUUGUAGGACUCUGGUUAAUUCAGUGGCUGCUCUUAAAAUACAAGUCUAUUAUUAGCAGAAGAUUUUUCUGCAUAGUUGGCACGCUGUACCUGUAUCGGUGUAUUACAAUGUAUGUAACUACACUCCCAGUACCCGGUAUGCAUUUCAACUGCUCUCCGAAGCUCUUCGGAGACUGGGAAGCCCAACUGAGGAGAAUAAUGAAGCUCAUUGCUGGUGGCGGCCUGUCCAUCACGGGCUCCCACGACAUGUGUGGGGACUACCUGUACAGCGGCCACACGGUCAUGCUCACACUCACCUACCUAUUUAUCAAAGAGUAUUCCCCUCGACGACUGUGGUGGUACCACUGGAUCUGCUGGCUUCUCAGCGUGGUUGGAAUCUUCUGUAUUCUCUUGGCGCAUGACCACUACACUGUGGAUGUGGUGGUGGCAUAUUACAUCACCACAAGACUCUUCUGGUGGUACCACACUAUGGCCAAUCAGCAAGUGCUAAAAGAAGCUUCCCAGAUGAACCUCCUGGCCAGAGUGUGGUGGUACAGGCCAUUUCAGUACUUUGAAAGGAAUGUCCAAGGAAUUGUACCUCGAUCUUACCAUUGGCCCUUCCCCUGGCCAGUAAUCCACCUCGGUAGGCAAGUUAAAUACAGCCGGUUGGUGAGUGACACAUAACAGCUGUACACGGUGGGGAAAGAGGAGCUGUCCGAAGUGCUAAGAACUCCAUGAGAAAAGAUGCCAUAAAAUGAACACCUCCCUUAUCCUGUUAUCUUUCAACAGUUACCGUGACUUAACCGAUUGAGUUACCUGGUCAGCACUGUGAUCUUUUUUUUCUCUCCAAAGGACCCGCGUUGGACAACAAUAAAGAAAAUUUAACCUGUCGUGCACUGUACACAUUUCCUGUUCAUAGGCUUGGGAUUUACAUAACCUUGCAACCACCGUGUUCCUUUGUAUAUGAUGCAACAGCAUAAAUGUAAGCUUUUAUAUCAUAAGUUCUGGUCUUUCCAGUCACACCUGGAAAUAAAGCGUAUUAUUUUCUUGGGAAAACAUACUUUUCAUAUCUCUUGCCCCAAAGAUUGGGCUGUAAGCCAUUUUCUAGCAAAUGUCUCUAUGAAGGUUUCUAAGUACCUGAAUGGGGUUCGAUUCUGAAAUCUUUCUACCUGUUGCACCGAUAUUCAAAUAAAAAUGACAGACACAGAAAGGUUUGGUAACUUUGGAUUUUGUAAAAAUCAGCAGAGACAGUGUGUCAAAAAGUACAAAAAAAAAAAGAUUCUGUUAUAAAGUGAUUUUCUAAGUAUUUCCUAACUUUAUUUUUCAAAAUGAUGUUAUGAAAACCAAAUUUAAAGAUUUUUACAUGUCAGAGAAAAGAGAGUUAAAAUUUAAAAAUGUUUCUUGGGAGAGAAAUUUGUCUAUGUUUCUAGUGCCUUUCUUGUCUUGAUUGUAUGGUCAGUAGGCAAUCUUCAAUGUUUUUAUUUAAAAUAAAGUAUUCCAUGAAAAUAUAAAUGUAUGUAUUACUACUAAAUUUUGCAUUAUAGCUAAAUUAAAUCAGAAGACUGCUUAUGGUUUUUAAAUUGCUAUGAAUUAAAGAAUGGGAGAGUUAAUUAGAAAGUCAGAGCCUGUUCCCAUAUUGUGAGCAGGUGGCAAUGACAGGUACCACUUCAAUUAUUUUAUCAUCUAUUUGGUAGUUUGAUUUUAACUAUACAAUGAAAACAGCCAUGAAUACUUUGUUUUUAAAAAGAGAGUUUUGAAAAUGAUCACUUAACUAAAAAUUGAAAGCUAUAAAUCAGUUAUCCAUACUCUCAUGGCAAUUUUGUUGGUAAACAACAAAGAAGAGAUCUAUUUCUUUAAAAUAUAUUUGUGCAGGAACUGCAUGUAACUCUUAAGUUUUACUCCUAACAUGAGUAUGUUUGGGGAAGUAUUCUAUUCUAUACUUGCCAAUGUGGAGAACAAAAUAGUUUUUUAAGAAUGAAGAAGUAUAUAUAUCCAUUCUGUAUUUUAUGUGCAGCAGAAUUAUCUUCCGUAGGGUUUUUUUUUGUGUAUUCACAGGGUAAUAUUUGUAUUGUAAAACAAUAAUGGUGAAGGAAAUAAAAAGGCUUUUAAAAUUU